AUGUCAUCGCUGAGUGCUUCUUCUGCGCGGAAACGUCCACCCUCCAGGGAGGUGGACACUCCUCUGGUGGACGUCGCUGGCGACGGCGGAGACGACGAUGGUGCGGCGUUGUCAGUGCAGCCGUGUGGCUACAGUUGUUCGUCCGAUCCGGAGCCCGCCACGCUGGACUCACAUUACCCAACUGAUAUAACGAUAAAAUUCGAGAAGAAAGUCUGCAUUAUAGAGUAUCACGAAAAGUCAUUUACUGUUUUUUCUUAUUUCAGUUGCCAAUGUAUAAAUACACAUCUGGAGCGUUUUAAACGUUGUCCAGUUUGCAAUCGGAAUUUGGAUCCGAAUUUGGGCCCUAUCGUCUUUCCUAAUUACACCGCUUGUUCUAUCGUUGAUGCAUUCCGUUUUAAAACCGAACUGUCACGCUCCCUAUCAGCUCACGGGGUGAAUAACAUGAAGAAGGGCGAAGCACUUGUGGAAAUGGCCUUGUUUGCCGAUAUUAACAUGCUGGAUCAUCUGAUGAACUUUCUCAAGGAGCGACGAAGUCGAAUUAGUAGUGCGAACAGUUGGAAAAAUAAUGUAUUGCUAAUGGAGUUUCUCGAUGAAAUGGUGGAACAACGUGAAGCACAGCUAGCGAAAAUCGAGAAAGAAUUAGCCGUUUUACGGAGGGACAAAGCAUCUCUUCAGGUCUCACUAGUUGAAGUGGUUCAGAAAAUUAAAGAAUUUUAUAUGCAGUAA